AUGGAAUUCCGAGCAGCUCUCCUCCAUUGUGGUUUGGUAGAUAUGGGCUAUCAGGGCAACAUUUUUACAUGGAACAACGGAAGACCAGGGGAUGCUUUUGUUCAAGAACGGUUGGAUAGGGCUUGUGCAACAUCCGAAUGGUCAGAACUCUUCCCACACGCAAAGGUCACUCAUAUCCAAUCUUCUUACUCAGACCACAAUCCGAUUUUGAUCAUCUUGUCUCAACCGAACCAGAUUGGUAGAAGAAAGAAAAUUCCUACAAGGUUUGAAGAGAAAUGGGCAUAUCAUCCUGAUUGUGAAGGGGUGAUUCGAGGAGCUUGGGCAGCCGAAAAUGUUGCUAGCAGCCCCAUGUUCUGUCUCUUUGAAAAAAUAAAAAGGUGCAGGUUUGAACUGGUGUAA